UUCUUCCGGGCGCUAGGGGAGCUGACGGAGAAGGCCACCGCCCAGCGGCAGACGCGUCUCAGCCGGUGUAGUUGUGGUUCCCGCGGUGUGUGAGUCCGGACCCGGGCCCCUCUCCCGCCGCCGUCAUGGGCUGCACGUUGAGCGCCGAGGACAAGGCGGCGGUGGAGCGGAGCAAGAUGAUUGACCGCAACUUGCGGGAGGACGGGGAGAAAGCGGCCAAAGAAGUGAAGCUGCUGCUGCUCGGUGCUGGAGAAUCUGGUAAAAGUACCAUUGUGAAACAGAUGAAAAUCAUUCAUGAGGAUGGCUACUCAGAGGAUGAAUGUAAACAGUAUAAAGUAGUUGUCUACAGUAAUACUAUUCAGUCCAUCAUUGCAAUCAUAAGAGCCAUGGGACGGCUAAAGAUUGAUUUUGGGGAAGCUGCCAGAGCAGAUGAUGCCCGACAGUUAUUCGUCCUAGCUGGCAGUGCUGAAGAAGGAGUCAUGACUUCAGAACUCGCAGGUGUGAUUAAACGGCUUUGGCGAGAUGGUGGGGUGCAGGCAUGUUUCAGCAGGUCCAGGGAGUAUCAGCUCAACGAUUCUGCUUCCUAUUACCUAAAUGAUUUGGAUAGAAUAUCCCAGAACAACUACAUUCCAACUCAACAAGAUGUUCUUCGGACAAGAGUGAAAACUACAGGCAUUGUGGAGACACACUUCACCUUCAAAGAGCUAUACUUCAAAAUGUUUGAUGUAGGUGGCCAAAGAUCAGAACGAAAAAAAUGGAUUCACUGUUUUGAGGGAGUGACAGCGAUUAUCUUUUGUGUGGCCCUCAGUGACUAUGACCUUGUUCUGGCCGAGGAUGAGGAAAUGAACCGGAUGCAUGAAAGCAUGAAAUUGUUUGACAGCAUUUGCAACAACAAAUGGUUUACGGACACGUCAAUCAUCCUCUUUCUUAAUAAGAAAGACCUUUUUGAGGAAAAGAUAAAGAGGAGCCCGUUAACAAUCUGUUAUCCAGAAUACACAGGUUCCAAUACAUACGAAGAGGCAGCUGCUUACAUUCAGUGCCAGUUUGAAGAUCUGAACCGAAGAAAAGAUACCAAGGAGAUCUACACUCACUUCACCUGUGCCACAGACACCAAAAAUGUGCAGUUUGUUUUUGAUGCUGUUACAGAUGUCAUCAUUAAAAACAACCUAAAGGAAUGUGGACUUUAUUGAGAGGAUGGCAUUAGUAAAAGUUACUACAAUGAGGAGUGUCGAGACCAGAUAUCACCUGCUGUCUCUUGGGUCAGCUACAAGCAUGGCGGGACCAGGGAAUGGCAGCAGCAUGCAGAAUCUUAGCACUCUUUAGCACAAUCUUCUGUAUUAGGGAAUGUUUAGUUGGCAUGAGAUGUUCAAAUCACACAUCGGAAUUGGAACAACUGUAAACUAUGGUUGACUCAUCAAGGCAUCACUUGGAUUUUAUAGUCUCAAAUGUUUAGGGCAUAUUGAAGUCGAGGUGCUGCUGCAUUCCGGAACUUAAAUAUAUAGCUCACCUUUUCCUUUUUAACAAAUCACCUGUAGUUAAUUUCUAAGGUUUUUCUCAUCAAGAGAAGAAAAACUAAAAAAAUCUUGUUUGCAAAAGAAUCUUGGGAACUCAGUCUUAACUAUGCACAUGAUGCGACCAGACAUCUUGAAAAUAUUCCUCUUAGUAGGAACUGUUUGUUUUUAGCUCUUGGUAUGCAAUAUUCCCAUAUUUCCAUAAUUAAUUCUUCCUGGUUAUUGGGACUACAUUAAUACAGCUUUUCUGACCGAAAUUUAUGUUACUGUUAUGUUUAAAGUGCCAUGAUGGCUUCUAAACAACAGUUACUUUGGAGAAUUCUACAGUAUGCUUCUAGCUCUCAUUUCUUUAAGCCUAUGGUUGAAGAUUAACCUUGUUUAUGCUGAUUACCAAAUUACUAAAUGAAUACUGACGUAAUAUGAUAAACUCCAUUUCUUGGAUACAGACUCACCCAGGAUAGCUGUCAAUUAGAUGUGCAAACUGCUAAAUUCAGACCAGUGACUUGCUGCUACAUAUCUACUAAAUUGGCCACUUUGAUUCUUGUCUGUUUGUCUUGGUCACAGAGAAUGUUGUAUAAGGUGCCCCUUGUUUUCCAUCUUUGUGACCUUUGGUUUGGAGACAUCUAAAGUGUGUCAGCAGUGCAUGCUUUUCCUUUCAAAUGUGGUGCCAAAUCCCUGUUUGCCAUCGUUUUUACUGUUGCAAUGGUAAUUGUAGUAGUGAUCCUUAGUAUGUUCUUUUUCUAAAACUUGCAUUUUAGAACUUUUUUCCAUUUUGUCAUGUGUACAGAUUUUAAUUUGUUACAGCUGGCAGCAGUAUUAAAACGGUGAGUAAAGAGUCCAGGAUUGCUCUGCUUGUAACUAGUCCUUUCUGGAAAUCCUGUCUUGUAUUUCCCUUUGCUUUGGCCUUUGUCGGAGAGUGGGUUUAGGUAGAAGGGGGGUCUCUGAAAGUCUAGUUCUUCGAUGUAGUAGUAUUAUCAAAUCUAGGACUGAGAGCUUUAUGUCCAGUCUAUGUACAAGGGAUAUGAGUCAUAAUUAGCUUCCCAAUUUACAUUCUGCUUGUGCUGAGAGCUACAGUCCUUUUGUACAAUGUAUAGCAAAUGUCAUUAAACACUGAGUGGACCACUGGGGAAUGGCAGACAGCGAAUACAUUUUGAGCAUUUCAGAUCAGUAGUUUGAGCAGUGCCUUUUGAGGUUCAGUCUUUCCGGAUUGGAUCCGUUUCCUCUUUUGAUGUUACCUCUUACUCAUUUAAAAAGGUUGGUGGUCAGAACCGCUUUGGAAGUGACCAGUGCCUUUGCUGGCAGCUUUUAAAAUGUUUAAUUCUCACAGAAAAUCAUUAUUAUGCAGACAGUAUAACUAUUAUUUGACAAGCAUUUCUUUAGGGCUAGGAAAAUACCAUCUGAAAGAAAGAAAAGCAUUGAUUUCAAUCAGCAAUGGACUUAAUUCCCACAGUGUAGGGCUUCCUAAGUCUUACUCUGAAUUUGUCUUUUCUUUGUUGUAUUCUGUAAUAUAAAAACAUCCGGAAACAAGAACUAGUGAAAUGUUGUUUUCGUAACUUUUCUAUACUUUGGGGUUAGUGAAAUGGUGUUAAUAAUUAAAAUGAUAGAUAAUCCAAAUUUAAUUUUACUUUAGAAUGCAUUUUGUAUUUUCAUUUGAAUCUGUCUAUUUUUUAAACCUUUCUGUUAAUUAAAAAUACAAGUUCUCCACUUCUUUGUUUCUACAUACCACUUUUAUUUGCUUUCUGUUUACUGAAGACAUUCUCACCAUCCAGGUGCCUGCCUUUAGGACAGUUAGGAGGCAGUUUGAGUUUUCAACAAUGACCUGUGGGGGAAAAUCACCUAAAGCUGUCUGAAGAGAUUUACUUCCUAGCUGUGGACUGUGAAAGUGUUUCUGUUCAGCUAGGCUUUCAAAUCACUGCUUUAUAUUUUGAAGAACAUUUCUUAGGCAGAGUCAGAGUGUGGGAGUUAAUCCUAUGAACCUGGAGGAAAAAAGAUUGGUGCUUAUAACUGAAGAAGCCAAAAGUUAGGCAUUUCCUCUGGAAAAUGCUGGAGUUUUGUGAUAGAUAAUGUUCAUUUUGAGGUGGCCAGACUUUUGGACCAUCUAAGAAGUCAGCUAAGAAAAUUAAUGUUGAAUUAAUAAAACACAAUAGACUUUAGCCUUGGGAGGAUAGCAACCAUAGCCUUUGUUAUUGACAGCCACAUUUUCUCCUGAGUGAAAGCUGGAGCAGAUAGGAGAGAUGGACUCUCUUUCCUUACCUAAUCAGUUCAGGCAUGUAAUAGACUACACCUUCUACUGUGAAAUUCCCCAAACCAUUACUGGUGCUUAUCACACACCCAGCUACACACCUACCUCCCCCCCAUACACACACAGAAUUACUGUUUAGAGCUACUUCUGUGAAGGGCAAGAUACUUUAGAAUCUAGAUACUUUUGUUUUUUGGGCCCAAUACUAUGCCUGACUUGGUUUAAUGCUUCUCAGGAAUGAGAUGACACCUGGGGUACAUGGUUAAUUUGUGCAGAUUCCCUGACUAAACUGAACUAAAUUAAAUUUCACAAAGACAUCCAUGGAAAA